UGGUCAGCUUUACGUGAAUAAAAAACUUCAGCAAUUUUGGUCAACUUUUUUUUCACGUAGAGCUAUAUAAUUAUAUACUAUAUACUCAGCGUUUUUGGAGUAAAUUGCUUAGCUUCACGUGAAUAAAAAUUUUAACGAAUUUACUAAAAUUUUAACACAAUUUAAUAAUAGUCAAAGCAAUGGCUUUUUUUAUUCAGCCGGUCUGUUAAGAAAAACAAGUCAAAGUCGAAUGAAUAUGAACUUAAACACAAUACAGAAGGAAAAGUGGUUACAAAAAAGAAAAUACACGUUUAUUGCUUUUUCAAUUCAAAUGGUUGUUAUCGGAAUGGAAUACAGUCUUACCAUUGUUACAUUAUGGUUGUAUAUCAAAGAAAUGAUAAAUACAAGUUCACCAAAACUGUAUUACGGUCUUGUAUCUUUGUCAUACAUGCUUGCAUGUGCAAUACUAACACCGUUUAUUGGAAGAUGGGCCGAUAGAACUCGAGAUAUCAAUAAGUCAUCUUUAAUAUGUAACAUGUUGAUGCUAACUGGAAAUGUGUUAUACACUAUUCAUUUUUCUCCUAUUUUUUUAAUAGGAGGAAGAGUCAUAUCUGGCUUUGGUGGAGCGUUAAAAUCUAUAAUUUAUAGCGAAACAAUUCGAAGUUACGUAGGGCAUGAAACAAGUACAAAGCUAUCAGUUUUAUCAAUUAUGCUUAAUUUUGGUUUUAUGCUUGGACCAGGAAUAAAAUUCUUUUUUAAAGAUAUCAAUUUUUAUAUAGGUCGCUGGCAUUUCAAAAAUGUAAAUUUUCCCGGACUAUUUUUGGGUUUUUUAUGUUUCGCAAUGGAAAUUGUUACCAUAACAAUGGUCCAUGAUUUGUCAAAAGAGUUUGAUUAUAAAGAUUUUACUGAAAACAAUUUCAUAACAAAUGUAGUUGAUGAGGUUUACGAAUAUGAUAACAUUAUAGACGAUAAAAAAAUACCUUUAAUGCAAAAAAAUAUCCUACCAGUAAAUCUAAAACAGCAUACUGUAAUAAAGAUUUUAAAAACAUUGUUUGCGAACUUUGACUCAGCACUUAUUUUGUUUUCAAAUUUUUUUUUAUCUUUUUAUUUUAUCAACGUAGACAUAUGGCUACCAUUGCUAAUUAUUGAGAAAAUGCGUCUUUCGAUGUUAGAAACAAACAUUUGUUUUUUAGGUGUGAAUGGAAUCUGUGCUUUUAUGCUGUUAAUAUUUAUAUGGGGACGGUUGUCUGAUAAGAAGUUAAUUUUAUUAUUUAUUAUUAGCUUAGUUGGGUUUUCCACUGUCAGCGUAAGUUUUAUUAUUCUUUCACAUUUUCCAUUUAGCAAGUGUUUGAAUAUCAUUUUAUGCAUCAUUUACAUGGUUAGUUUUGCAGGUACACCUAUAGUGAUUUAUGUAUUUUUUAUAAGUACACUAGCCAAAAUGGUCAACUCAAAUAUUUUGGCAUUUGUUGACAGCAUUCGAUCUUCAAUCCAUAGUAUGGGAGCUCUAUUAGCUUUUAGUUUUUCCGCAUUUAUAUUUGAUUAUGUUGAAAUAUUUGGAACACUGUAUGCUGUCAUUAUGAUAACUAUUGGAAUCCUGUUUAUUAUAAGAAAGAAACAUAUAAUUAAUCCAGAACUAUUGUUGUGAUAGAUGAAUAUAAAAAUUAACAUUUGUUUGUUAAUAAAAACAAAUAACACAUGCCUUGAAGACACGUUUUUUAUAAUUUCGUUUUUAUCCAAUGAAUUAAAUUGUUUAUAUAAA